AUGUCAGCGAUCUCUGCCAACGGUGUAUCCCAGUUACACUUUAUUGACGAUCUAAUAACGCUACGUAGGGGCGAAAAGGAGCAGCCGGACAUUUUGGCCUGUACCAGUGGCACAACUAUAGACCGCUACGAAUACUUCACGGCCAAGAGACUAGAUAAUCUGAUCAACAAUACGGCUUAUGUUCUUAAACAAUAA